AGCACCGCCACCGGUUGUCCGCGCUAGCGGCUGCGGGGAAGAACUAGCCAAACUGGAGGCAGAGCAGAGGUCAGAGCCCCCGGGCAGUGGUCGUAACCUCUGUAGUCCUGCUCCAGCCCUGCACCCUUCCCUGUUAGCUCGGACCGAUGAUACGCGUCGCUGGAGACCCGGAAAGCUGAGGUUGUGGCUGUCGCACUUGGUCCACUAGCGACCUCUCAAUCGCCCCUAUGGCUCUACCUGUAGCCGAGGGCACGGCUGACACGCCGCUGUCCCCGGCCCGGGACGACUCGGGGAGUACCUCCUCCGGGAUGUGGGCCGCGCUUUAUGAUUACGAAGCGCGCGGUGAGGACGAGCUGAGCCUGAGGCGCGGUCAGCUGGUCGAGGUACUGUCGCAGGACGCCGCGGUGUCAGGAGACGAGGGCUGGUGGGCCGGCCAAGUGCAGCGGCGCCUGGGCAUCUUUCCGGCCAGCUACGUGGCGCCCUGUGGCCCGGUGCCGCCGCCGGCGCCGCCCCCGCCGAGACCCUGCUCGCCUGUGCACGUAGACUUCGAGCGCCUGGAGCUCAAGGAGCUGAUCGGCGCCGGCGGCUUCGGUCAGGUGUACCGCGCCACCUGGCAGGGCCAGGAGGUGGCGGUGAAGGCGGCGCGCCGGGACCCGGAGCAGGACGCGGCGGCGGCGGCCGAGAGCGUACGGCGCGAGGCGCGGCUCUUCGCUAUGCUGCGGCACCCCAACAUCAUCCAGCUGCGGGGUGUGUGCCUGCGGCAGCCGCACCUCUGCCUGGUGCUGGAGUUCGCGCGUGGCGGCGCGCUCAACCGCGCGCUGGCGGCGGCAGCAUCGGAUCCGCGAGCGCCCGGCCCCCGCCGCGCGCGCCGCAUCCCCCCACAGGUUCUGGUCAACUGGGCGGUGCAGAUCGCCCGCGGCAUGCUGUACCUGCACGAGGAGGCGGUGGUGCCCAUCCUGCACCGUGACCUCAAGUCCAGCAACAUUUUGCUGCUGGAGAAGAUAGAACAUGAUGACAUUUGCAACAAGACCCUGAAGAUCACGGACUUUGGGCUAGCGAGGGAAUGGCACAGGACCACCAGGAUGAGCGCAGCAGGGACCUACGCCUGGAUGGCUCCCGAGGUCAUCAGGUCCUCCCUGUUCUCCAAGGGCAGCGACAUCUGGAGCUAUGGAGUGCUGUUGUGGGAGCUGCUCACUGGUGAGGUCCCGUACCGUGGCAUCGAUGGACUGGCUGUGGCGUACGGGGUGGCUGUCAACAAGCUCACACUGCCUAUUCCAUCCACCUGCCCUGAACCGUUUGCAAAACUCAUGAAAGAGUGCUGGGAACAAGACCCUCAUAUCCGCCCCUCGUUUGCCUUAAUUCUUCAGCAGCUGACUGCGAUCGAAGAGGCAGUGUUGACCAACAUGCCCCAGGAGUCCUUCCAUUCCAUGCAGGAAGACUGGAAACUGGAGAUUCAGCAAAUGUUCAGUGAGCUGCGAACCAAGGAGAAGGAGCUGCGUUCCCGAGAGGAGGAGCUGAGCCGAGCUGCCUUGCAACAGAAAUCGCAGGAACUGCUGCUCAGACGCCGCGAGCAGCAGCUCGCGGAGCGUGAGAUCGACGUGCUGGAGCGCGAGCUGAACGUGCUCAUCUUCCAGCUGAGCCAGGAGGCUCCCCACGUGAAGAAGAGGAAGGGAAGGUUCAGGAGAGGACGGCUGAGGCUCAAAGACGGCCACCGCAUCAGCCUGCCUUCAGAUUUCCAGCACAAGAUCACAGUGCAGGCUUCCCCGACGCUGGACAAGCGCCGAAGCUCAGACAGCGGACUGUGCAGCCCACCCGGCAGCCCCUUGAUGCUCCCCCGCCUCCGGGCUAUUCAGUUAACUUCAGAUGAGAACAAUAAAACCCGGGGAAGGAACAUGGUCUUCCGCCAAGAAGACUUUGAAGACGUGAAAAGGAGUUUCAAGAAAAAAGGAUGUACGUGGGGACCAAGCUCCGUUCAAACAAAGGAAAGACCAGAAGGCAGAGAGAGGGUCAGACCUCUCUCAGAUGGCAACAGCCCUUGGUCAUCUCUUUUAAUAAAAAGCCAGAAAACCACACCCUUGGCUUCACUGUUUGUGGACCAGCCAGGUUCUUGUGAGGAGCAGAAACUUGUCCCUGAAGGAUUAGAACAUAGAAAACCAAAGCAAACGAAGUUCCCUGGCCAGGCCCACGUUGGUCUACCUCUUUGCAAAGACAGCCAGAGAGAAGACUCAUCAGAGGCUGAGAGUCGGGAGGAGGGAUCCCCUAAGGGGUCCCCGGUGAACAACGUGGGUGCACCCAUGCUGAGGAAGAAAACGGAGUCAGCGCUGUGUGAGUGUGGGAUGCUGCUGGCAUCGAUGGCUUUGGGACUGGAUGUCAGGAAACUUCACGGAGCCCAGGCCCCCGCAAAACCAUCACCCAAGAUGGAAAAGAAGGAAGAGGGUGCCCUCCAACCUGCCUCCAGGUGCCAAUCAAGUCCCAGUUCCCUUCUGAGGCAGCCAUCUGCAGGCAGGGCACCCAGCGGUGGCUCCACGCUCCUGCUGCCCAGUGCCCCAAGCCAUUCCUCAAAGUCUUCUCUCUCCAUGAAGUGUUUGCUGCAGGCUGGUAAGGAGGAGUCAUCUUUGGGGAAUGCUCGGGACUUGUGUGGUCCUACGACGCUCACUCCAGAUCCUGGCUCUGCCGCACCAGAGAGCGGCUGUGAACUCAUCCCCGGACUGAGACCUAAGACUGACUAUGGUGUGUUGAGAAGCAUGCCGCAUGCCAUCCUGGAGCAGACAGGGGAGAGACUGCCAGGCUGUGCCAUUGUAGGAGACAAAGGAUGCCACCACAUGCAGAUGGGAUCUGAAGAAACUCCUCUCUGGCUCCAAAGUGCCCCUGAAGACUCUGGAUUACCACACUCUCCCUCCCCUGGACCUCAAAGGGACCUGGCCAGCCAGGCCUCUCUUGUGAAACCUGAAGGUGUUCUGGGCGAGUGCCAGGCAUGCCCGGCUCUGCCACAAAGGCCACACACUGCUUCGGUGAGAACAACAUCUCCACCUACCUGGGUUUGUGACAAGGACCAUCAGGUGCCAGCCCUUGCCUGCUUGCUUGGUGCUCAGGAGAGAAGCAGGUGUCAGACUCCUUCCUUGCUGGAUGCCAGCAUAGAAGGUCAGAAGAAGGACUGUGCCAUGCCCUUGUGUAGAGUGAAGAGCGUGAUGUGUCAGCCGUCCAUCUACGCCCUGGAGAAAGACUUUCUGACCUGAUGACUUCUGCCUUCCCGCCAUGAUCAUUUGAUGGGGGCACACGGAGGCACCAUGUGUCUUGUGCUGAUUCUGAGGAGCACUAGUGACUGCUAUUAGCUGCUGUAUCACGGCCACUUCAUGCUAGUUACCCAGUGACUUGAAGUACACAGAAGUUCAAAUGAGUGUCAGCGGAGGUGGGGCCUUCCUAGCCAGUUCCUGUGCUUCAGUCUUACGUAUGUCCUGCCCAUGAGGACACAAUUGGCGAAACUGCAAUGGCCGAUUCUCGUAGCUUCCUGCCUUCAUCCUUUUCUCUCUUUUAAAAAGUCCUUUUGGGGUUUUAUUUGUUUGUUUUUAUACAACAAAAAAGCCAAGAAAUAAUUAUUCCCUUCUUGCCAAUAAUAAUGUGAUGUUAAAAGUAAACAUAUUUAUUUAUGGAGCAGGGAAAAGGUCCUACUGUGUGGAGUUAAUUCAGGGUCCUAUUUAAACUUCCCAGAGAAAGCAGUAGCCUUGUAAUGUGGAAGUGUGUCCAUUGACUCCUGAGUUACACAAAGAUAGCCCUCUUCCAGGAGGUUUUACUGGACGUAGCCUAUGAAAGCUUUAUUGAGGCCUGAAGAGAUGGCUAAACAGUUAAGCAUGCAUAUCACACAUUUGCAGGGCCCAAGUUCAGUUCCAGGCACCCAUAUCAGAGAGCUCACACCUAUCUAUGACUACAGUUCCAGGGCAUCCAAUGGCCUCUUCUGGCUUCCACUGGCACCUCCUUUCAUAUGCAUGUACCACCACACAGAUGUACACAGACACAUACUUAAAAGUUAAAGUAUUUUGAAAGUUUGAUCGAAUAUAUUAUAUUGUUGUCUCAUGUAACCAAAAUGCCCUAGAACAACUUAAAGGGAGGCACUAGUUACUCGGCUCAUGGUUUUGGAGGGAUCAGUGCAACAGUGGGAAGGGCUGAGUGGGCUGUCUUCACAUCACAGAGGACAGAAAGCAGAAGAGGGGGGAGACAGGAAGAAAACAGGGCAAGGUUUUUUUUAGCAGUAACUGCCGAGCAUCACUGAGACCAGGCAUUCAUAUUUGGCACCCUGCACAAGGCCACUCUGUAGGUUUCCCUGAAGAAACGGCUCAUCAUUAGUAGCCAGAGGUGGGAAAUUCCUUCAUGCUCUUGUAGUCUUUAAAAAUUAAAAGACCCAUGGCUGGUUAUGUGCGAAGAACCCGUGUGCUGUGGACAUGCAUGUUGUGUGGUUUUAAGUCUCCCUGAGCCUGCAGUUUUGCCAACGCUAACAACACUGCUGUGCAGGAGAUGGCAGGACAGGUUUCCAGUCAGCUUUUCAUGCUCCACUGAACUCCGAGUCAACAUGUGCAUCUGUGAGGGUGAGCAGGCAUGGCGGGAAGACACAGAUGACUUCUGGAAGUGACUUUGGGGAGCAGAUGUGAUUGGAAACAACUUAAAGCUAUUCACGAGUCACCUGCGUAACUUCACAGAGAGAGCGGUGCAUCAUCGGGGCUGGGCGACUGACUCUUCAGGAGCUCAGUGCCCUUGUCUGGGUUUCUUGAGUACUGUGAUCCCCUUCUGUCUGUCACCAGAACAUAGUUAUUUGAGAGGCAGAUAGUAAAUACUUAAAUUCUGACACAGUAGGAAGCUAAAUUAUCCGUAGCCCUUACGUCUUAUUUAACAUUGUAUCUCGACUUACCGAUAAUAGCAGGAAUUUAAAGGGGAUUAAAUAGGUGCGAUGACAGAUCUGAGUCCCAUACAGGCUUGUCAGCAGGUGACCUUCGGGGAAGAUCUCGCUGCCUGCUCUACGCAGGUUUCAGGUGCUCAGAGCAAAACUUUAGGUUUUCACCAGACUUCCUGUGUUGUUUCCACUCUCCGACUUUGCUUCACCUCAGUGUUUAUUAAAUGGUCUAACAGGGGCGCAGUUGGCUCGACAUUUGUCACAUUGGGUAGACCAUUUGGCCUCUUCUCUUCACGAGACGCUAAAAGUAAAAGACGUGCCCCCAAAUACCCAGUGCACGGAAGGAAAAUACUGAAACAGAUGGUGUGCUCAGCUUUGCUUCUGCCCCAGCCUUCCUCAGAGUGUGUGUAUGACGGAGAUGGUGAAAUCAGACCUGUCUAUGUGUCACGUCCUCUCUAGCUCUGUGUUCCAGCCUCCCUUCUCUUCAUUUUGCUCCACUGUGAUGAAUUUAGAAAGGAAGCCAUGCUAAAACAUAAGGAGCCAAUCCGACUCACUGCUGCUGGGGUUUUCACUGACAUCCCAGAUUUUCGGUGCAUGCUACACACCUAGCAGGACCUGGACUUUCAUUUUCUGUGGACCUUGGUGACCCAAUAGAUCAUUUAAUCUGGUUCCUACUGACCCAUACUCUGCUUUUUCCUCUCACAGCAGACUAACAUCUGGGGUCCGGACACGCUAUGAUCAGAAGCCUGUGGCUGACAAAAAUGUUUACAUAUGUUGUCUAGUUUUUUAAUAAACCUUUUUUUAAAGCUU